CCGAUUUGCCCCGUGUCUGGCCGGGACUGAAAGGUUUCCGCCUGGAUCGCGGCCCCCCCGCCUCGCUCAGGCCGCCCUCUGCGCGCGGGUGGAAAAACCGGGCUUCGCGACUGUGUGGCCUUGAGCCACUGUGUGCCGGUUCUAGGCCUCGGGAAACGGAAUGGACGUGACCGGCGCCUGGUAGGCCGUUCCGAGUUCUCAGGCGCUCCCCGUUUAAUUCAUAAUGUGGAUUUAUUGUGGCUUUCUCCCUGAUACCUGGUCACGCUGUGCACAUUUCUGAAUUCUAGAAUUCUGUCGUAUUAGCAACUUGGAUUAAUUAGAAGAAAGUUCGUGGCACCAGCAAAUGGAAAUCUAGGACGAAGUAAAUCCAAGCAGUUGUUUGAUUACUUAAUUGUCAUUGAUUUUGAGUCAACGUGUUGGAAUGAUGGGAAACACCACCAGAGCCAAGAAAUAAUUGAAUUUCCAGCAGUAUUGCUGAACACAUCAACUGGAGAGAUUGAAUCUGAGUUCCAUGCUUAUGUUCAGCCUCAAGAACAUCCAGUUCUUUCUGAAUUUUGCAUGGAACUGACAGGCAUAAAACAGGCUCAAGUUGAUGAAGGAGUCCCUCUGAGAAUUUGCUUAUCUCAGUUCUGUAAAUGGAUUCAGAAGAUUCAGCAACAGAAGAAAAUUAUUUUUGCUACUGGGAUUUCAGAUCUGUCUAAUUCUGAAGUAAAAUUAUGUGCAUUUGUUACUUGGUCAGACUGGGACUUGGGGGUUUGCCUGGAGUAUGAGUGUAAAAGAAAACAGCUGUUAAAACCUGUGUUCUUGAAUUCUUGGAUUGAUCUCAGAGUAACUUACAAGAUUUUCUAUAGAAGAAAACCAAAAGGACUAAGUGGUGCCCUACAGGAAGUAGGAAUAGAAUUCUUAGGACAAGAACAUUCUGGAUUGGAUGAUUCUCGGAACACUGCCAUGCUUGCUUGGAAAAUGAUCAGGGAUGGUUGCUUAAUGAAAAUUACAAGGUCUUUAAACAAGGUUCCCACUAAGAAGAAUUCCAGAAUUUUGGCCAGAAAUUUGAAUACGAAUCAAGUUGAAGAAACAUCAGCCUGCAACAGUAACAUUCAGGGUCUGAGCAUAUAUGAUAGGGAGCCUAAAAAUGCAGUAAGUUCUCAUGGAAAAGUUCAAAUGAGGCCAGUUGUUAUGAAUUCUCCUGUAAAGGUACAGCAAGAUCAGUUCCAACUAAAGAACAACGUAAACACAGGUCUUCACAAUGGCAAAAGCAACUUAUCUCUUUUUAAUACAAAGUCCUCUAAUUCUCUAAAGCAGUUGCCAUCUUCCAGCUUGAAUAUACCUAUGCAGAAGGACAUAAGAAACAAACACCUUGCAUUUAAUACCAAAUCUAAGUCUUCAACGAUUGGUUCAGAAUUGGUACUUGUUUCAACUACCAUUUCAUCUGUUAAUCAUGUUUCUGAUACGGAAAUGAGUUCUGCUCUUGAUUGUUUACCUAUGUUGGCCGAUUGGGAGGAUAUAGCUUUACUGCCAGCAUCUCAGCCUGAGCAAAAUAUAGAUUGUAUACCUCCCAUUGGUGACUCAAACUUAGACACUUCAUUUAAUUCUAUAGAAAGAUUAAUGGUUUUAAAAGAAGGCAUAGAAGAAGGUCCUCAAAAAUCUGGGACCUCUAAGUCUGUUGUAUAUAAGAGUCCACAUACUACUAUUUAUCAUGUGAAAGAAGCUAAAGAUCCAGGUUCAGAUGUUUCUGACUUUAAAUUACCUGAACGCAAAUCAAGUAGCUUCUACAGUGUUAAUGCCAGUGUGUCUCAUCCUUCAGUUUUGGAGAAAUACCCCCUUCUUUUAGGUGGUCCUAAGAGGAAUGUAUCCAGGCCCCCGGCUUUCCCACCAGCAAAAAAACAGACCCUCACUGUUCAUGAAGAAAAACCUACAUCAUCUGAUGGCUCCCCAGUGAGAAGUUGUUCCUGGAAGGUCCUCCCUUCUAUCUUAGCUUCUACAGUUAAUCUACAAGAGCCUUGGAAGAGUGGGAAAAUGACACCUCCUUUAUGCAAGUGUGGCCGAAGAUCUAAGAGACUUGUUGUUACUAAUAAUGGACCAAACCAUGGAAAAGUCUUCUAUUGUUGCCCAGUUGGGAAAUACCAAGAAAACAGAAAAUGUUGUGGUUAUUUCAAAUGGGAACAAGCACUUCAAAAGGAGAGAGCCAACAGCAGAGUUCUGUCUCAUUCCCCAGGAGGACUCACUCUUAGUUCUGCAGAAAUAAGCCGUAGUUGUGACAGAAAUAUAAAUUUUUGUGCUAAAAAUUCAUUGAGACUCAGACCUUCAAUGAGGAGUUGAUAAACUUUCUCUACAUCCAAACUAUUCUUUUACUUUGAUGUGACCUUUUGUGUAAUAAAAAGAAAACAAGUGUGUAGUGCUAUAAGUUAUGGAAACUUAGCAUAUCUGAGGUCUGUAGAUUGUACUGGGGCUAUUAAACACACACAAACUGUAAAUUGAGAAAAAAAUUUCACAGGCUUCUAAUUUCAUUUGUCAGUUAUCUAACAUUUGUUUUCUGUUUACAUAUGGAUCCUGAUUGUUCUUGAGUUUCCAAACAUUGUGAGUAUCUGAUAAUAGUUGUACACUGUUUUAUUUUUUUUAAUUUUUUUUUAAGAUUUAUUUAUUUAUUUAUGAUAGACAUAGAAAGAGAGAGAAACACAGGAGGAGGGAGAAGUAGGCUCCAUGCCGGGAGCCCAACGCGGGACUCGAUCCCGGGGCUCCAAGAUCGUGCCCUGGGCCAAAGGCAGGCGCUAAACCGCUGAGCCACCCAGGGAUCCUCCACUGUUUUAUUAUUAUGUCAUAUAUUAACACUUGCCAAAUGUAUCAUACUGUUUUGAAGAACCACAAUUUAUUUUUUUAAAGAUUUUAUUUAUUUGAGAGAGAGAGACAGAGCAUGAGCAGGGGGAGGAGACAGAGGGAGAAGGAGAAGCAGACUCCCCACUGAGCAGGGAGUCUGACUUGAGAACUUGAUCCCAGGACCCUGAGACCAUGACUCCAGCUGAAGGUAGACACUUAACCAACUGAGCCACCCAGCCGCCCCAAAGAACCACAAAUUAAAUAUCUUGUACACUGCAUUUAUUAGAUUAGAUAUAAGCAACAGUAGUAUAUGAUGUCCUUCUUUUAUACUUAGACCUUGGAAUAAAUUUGAGAUAUUUUAAGAUAUUUCAAUAAAAAUAUGACUAAUAAAAAUCGCUAGCCUAUUUUCAGGUAGAUACUUAUACUUUAAGAAUUAUGAUAAUCUUCUAACCAAUAUUUUUGUUUUUCUAAUAAUAAGUUGUUUAGUUAUAUUUCAAAACUUGAAGAUUUGUUCUGAUUUGUAUAUUAACAUCAGAAAUAUUAUUUAACUAGAAUUUGAAAACCAACAGGUUGGCAAUUUGGUUCAGAUACUAUAUGUCUAAAAAUUUCUCAGCAAUUGAUGGUAUUCUUUUCAUAUCAAAAUCAUGAGAACAUUGACACUAAUACAGAGGAAUUUACUGAAUAUUUUAUUUCAAAACUUACCCUCUGAUGUUAUAACCAUAAGAUGUUUUAUUUUUUUUAAAGAUUUAACUUUUUAACUAAUCUCUACACUGAAUGUGGGGCUUAAGCUUACAACCCUGAGAUCGAUUCACAUGCUCUACUGACUGAGCCAGUCAGGUGCCCCAAUCAUAAGAUAUUUUAUUUUUUUAUGAGAUACUUUAAAUCAACAAUUUACAAGUAUAUUAUCACAUUUUUAAUCACCUCUCCAGAACAUUGUGGUUUGUCUUUGUUUUAUAGAUACUGUGAUAAAUAAUAGAAUGGAUUUAAAUUGUUUCCCAUUCUUUCUUCCUCAGUUCAUUUCUCUUUAUCUUCCCACUGAUAGUCUUUGGCAGCUCUUGAAUAAAUUCUACCUGUUGGUAUCAAGGGGAAAAAAUUAGCCCAGAAGUUUUCAUCUUUAGACCAAGUCAGUAAUAUAGCAGUUUUAUUAUCUCUAAAUGAAAGAAUUAGGACACCCAUCUGGGUGGGUUUUGGUAACAACCUCGCAGGGAGAGGGGUAUUGUUGAGAUUUUGCUUGAUAUUUAGUAUUUAUUAGAAAUCCGGUAAGCCAAAUGACCCAGCAAAUUAUGUCAAGAGUUUCAUUUUAAUCUCAAAGAUUCUGAUUGUUAUCCACAUCAUUAGUUCAUUUAGCAUAUUUGGUGUAGCGUGUUUGAGGAGAAUGUUCAUUAAAAUAAAAAUAAUAAACAGCCGAAAUUUUUCAGAACAGUAAGCAGAUUGUCAUCAUAAUUAGAAUACCUACCUUUCUGGGAUAUUUGUAAGGUGCUGUAGUUUUUUUUACAUGCUCCUGAAUCUCCUUUUUCAGUUGUUCUUGGUCACAUGACUUAUAAUCAGGGGUCAAAACAAUAAAAGCCUUUACUACCUAAAAAAUA